AUGGCCAGCACCCAGCAGACUUGGCAUUUGAAUGACUCCUGGAGGAGCAAUGGUGGUAGCACAGCCUUACCAGGCAGCUUUACCUUCACCUGGACGGUGGUUUUGGCUGUACUCAUGGGGAUCUUAAUAGUGACCACUGUGUUGGGCAAUGCACUGGUCAUGUUGGCAUUUGUGGUGGAUUCCAGUCUUCGUACCCAGAACAACUACUUCCUCCUCAACCUGGCCAUCUCUGACUUUUUAGUAGGGGCUCUGUGCAUCCCCCUCUACGUGCCCUAUGUGCUGACGGGAAGAUGGAGCUUUGGCAGAAGUGUCUGCAAACUGUGGUUGGUACUCGACUACUUACUGUGCACCUCAUCAGUGUUCAAUAUCGUCCUCAUUAGCUACGACAGGUUCAUCUCCGUCACCAGAGCUGUUAGCUACAGGGCUCAGCAGGGUAACAGCCGGCAUGCAGUGAUGAAGAUGACCUUGGUCUGGCUCCUGGCCUUCCUACUAUAUGGACCAGCCAUCAUCACGUGGGAAUACAUUGCAGGCAAGACCAUCAUCCCUGAAGGUGAAUGCUUUGCUGAAUUCUUUUACAACUGGUACUUCCUAAUGACUGCGUCCACCAUAGAGUUCUUCACACCUUUUAUAAGUGUAACUUUCUUCAAUGUCAGUAUCUACCUAAAUAUUCAAAAGAGGACAAGAACAAGGCUGGACCUUAUGCAAGAGGCUCACAGCCAUAGUAUCACUGACAAUCCAAAGGUUAUGGAUGAACCCGUCAGGUCUAAUUCUCUAAAAUGUUGGAAGUCAGCCUAUAAGGGGUCGAAAGCUAGAGAUGUUGACAAGGCCACCAUCAAGGCAGCUGAGGCUGAGAUCUUAGAAAGGGUCAAAGGAGUCAAAAGAGCCUCUCUGAACGGGAGUUCAUUGACUGUCCAUGGAAAAUCUAAAAGUAGCAGAAGAAGUUUUACAGAAUCUGGUUCUACUCCAUCCUUGGAAAAACGUAUGAGGAUGGUUUCUCAAGGAAUUGCACAACGUUUUCGGUUGUCGAGAGACAAAAAAAUUGCUAAGUCUUUAGCUGUCAUUGUCUGUGUAUUUGGGCUAUGCUGGGCGCCUUACACCUUACUCAUGAUAAUAAGAGCGGCCUGCAGGGGCCACUGUAUACCAGAGUAUUGGUAUGAAGCUUCUUUUUGGCUGCUGUGGGUAAACUCAGCUGUGAACCCCAUUUUGUAUCCUUUGUGUCAUUACAGCUUUAAAAGGGCAUUUAAGAAGAUUUUGUGUCCCCAAAAGUUUAAAAUCAAGCCGAGUAGCAAAUUCCACCGUUGCUGGAAGUGAGGGAACUCAGGAUAAAAGUAGGUCGGUUCGUACAUGCUGUGGAGAAAUACAAGAACGAGGAGAAGAAGAAAAAUCAAGGCUGUGCAGUUCAUGAAGUUGGUCUUGGUAGACUGUAUGGGGUUGACCAAAGGUUUUUAAAGACAAUCAAAAAUCCAUUCAAUUCAAUUAGAUCAUUAAAGGGGUUGUCUGACUUCAGCAAAUGGCAUUUAUC